AUGUACGAUGUAAAUGCUGGGAGUGAACGAAGGUUCCGGCAGUGGUUUGUUCGAUUCCGUUCCGGAAAUUUCGAUGUCAAAUUGAUCAAAAAUUUGGUCAAAGAUGCAACUCGCUCUGGUCGAUCAGUCACUGAAAAUGUCGAUGAAAUUUUGCUACUGGUGGAGCAAAACUGGCACACAAGCUGUCAGGAAAUAGCGGAGGCACAUAACAUCAACCAAAUGAUAGUUUGGGAUCAUUUGAAAAGAGCAGACUACAGAAAGAAUCUCGCUAUUUGGGUGCCACAUGAAUUAGCGCAAAGAAAUGUGAUUGACCGAAUUACCAUGAGUGAAAUACUGCUGAAACGCAACAAAACCGAACCAUUUUUGAAGCGAAUCAUUACAAGCGAUGAAAAAUGGGUGAAAUGCGAGAAUAUCAAACACAAGCGAUAG